UUAUUCAUGAAGAACCUUGUUGUGGAGAGGUUCUCUGAAUUCUACGAGAAAUGGGUUGUGAAGCUGGAAGAGAUUCAACGUCAACUUCUCGAAAUAUCAAAGAAAAAAACUGAGGUAACAAUGAAUGAACAAGAACUAAAAGCACUUGUUUCAAAAGUCACAGCUCAUGUGAAAGAAUACUACACUGUAAAAUGGGGUGCAGCACAUGAAGAUGUUUUGGUGUUUUUUACACCAACAUGGCUUACUCCUUUGGAAAAUGCUCACCUUUGGGUAACAGGUUGGAAGCCUUCCACAGUCUUUCACAUUCUUGAGGAUCCAAAAGGUGAGUUUAACAUGACAGAGGAGCAGAAGAAGAAGAUACUAGGAGAACUGAGAGUGAGAAUAAGGAUGGAGGAAGAGAAAGUGGAGAGGGAAAUGGAGAGACAACAAGUGGCUAUGGCUGAUUUGAAGAUGGUGGAGCUUGCAAAAUUAUCAUGCAGAGCAAAGAAAGAUGAUGGAAGAGUUGAUGGGAUGGUUGGUGUGGCUUUGAAUGGAGUUUUUGCUGGUUUGGAAAAAGUUAUGAAAACUUCUGAUUGUGCUAGACUUAAGUCACUUAAAGGAGUUUUGGAUAUUCUUAGUCCAAUUCAGUGUGUUGAUUUUUUGGCUGCACAUAUUGGUAUGCAGUUAUGGUUGAGGCAACUUGGGAUGAAGAUGAUCACUAUUGGAUGAAUAAAUUUUAGUAGUAAGAAUUAUUGUACAUCUUUAAUUUAGGUUUAAUUAAUCAAGUUGUUCAAUACUCCUUCAUCAUCUAGUACCCAAAUGAAAAAUUGUUUAGUUUAUGAUGAAGUAGUAGUAUUCUUGUUGUAUUGGCUUUUCAAGCUCUAUAAUUGAUGCAAGAAAAUGAAGAAGAAAAAUUAAUGGUGGAAGUA